AGGGUUUCAGUAUAAAUCAGAAUUUUAAGCUCCCUUUUCCUCUCACUCUCCAAAUCUCCCACAACAGCUCGCCUAUUGCAGCCACAGAAAACCCUAGCAGGGAAAGGUGAAAUGGCGACAGUUCCAGGGCAGUUGAUUUGGGAGAUUGUGAAGAAGAACUCCUCCUUUCUCGUGAAGGAGUUCGGGAACGGCACCGCCAGUGUGCAGUUCAGCAAAGAGAGCAACAAUCUCUACAACGUCAACUCCUACAAGCACUCUGGGUUGGCAAACCACAAAACAGUUACUAUUCAAGGAGGCAAAGAUAAUGCAGUGGUGCUUGCAACAACAAAGACCAAGAAACAGAACAAGCCUGGUAGUUUGCUUCACAAGUCUGCCAUGAAGAAGGAGUUUCGUCGGAUGGCAAAGGCAGUUUCAAAUCAGGUGGGAGAUAACUACUACAGACCAGAUCUAAAGAAAGCAGCUCUUGCAAGGUUGAGUGCUGUGCACAGAAGCCUUAAGGUGGCUAAAUCUGGUGUCAAGAAGAGGAACAGGCAGGCUGUUAAGAGCUGCGGUAGGAAGUGAGUUUCUAGUAGGGUGUGGAGAUGACAUGAGCAGGCUUCUCCUUUUCCAUCAAUAUUUUUGUCAUUUUCUUGCAUUCUGGACCCCCAAAGCUCUUUUUUUACCUUUCAUUUUCCUUGGACGAGGAAAGUUGGUUUUGGUUUUGUUUUGUUUGAAUUCCUUUUAUCAGGAUGUUAUAGUUUACCUAGUGGCCAGAAUUAAAAUGACUGUUUAUUUGAUUUAAGAUAUGGUUGCUUUGGGUUCUUACACUCA